AUGUACAAAACAGCAUUGCUCGCCCUCGCCCUCAGCGCCCCCGCGCUGGCCAUCAAGAAGCCCGCCCACGGCGCCGCGGCGCUCAGAGUACGCGGCGGGACCUUCGGCUUCGACGCCCAUCAAACUGGAGAGCAGUGUGGCAUCGAAGAGCCCGAAAAAGAAGUCGUGAAGACGAUCAAGAGCGCCGUGACCUAUCCGUUGAAGGUCCUCGGCAUCAGAGGAGGCGCGCUCCUCGACGUCUCGGCACGCGAGACGGCCGAGGCGUGUGAGAUUGAAGACCCUGAGCCCUUAGUCGUACGCACCAUCAAGGCCGCGUUCGACUACACGGCGGAGAAGGUCCUCGAGAGCGGCGUCGUGCCGGACGAGCUCGUGGCCGAUUAGGGCCGAGCCGGAAAAAGAAAAUCCAAGCUCGUCCGUCAAAGUCCCGCCCUGUGUAAUCCAUGUUCUCUCAAAAACUUCGCCGCGUCGACGGCCCGGGCGUAUUGGUGGGGUCAAGUGCGCCCCGGUGGGGUCGAAGCGCGUACCACCAGCACGCCGUCGCCGCGAAAGUAAUAGUACAU